AUGAUUAUUCCAAUUCGUUGUUUUUCUUGUGGAAAGGUUAUCGGCGAUAAGUGGGAUAGCUAUCUUACUCUUCUUCAGGAGGACAACACUGAAGGUGAAGCCCUAGACAAGUUGGGCUUACAGCGCUACUGUUGCAGACGUAUGAUUCUUACUCACGUCGACUUAAUUGAAAAGUUACUUUGUUAUAAUCCUCUUUCGAAGCAGAAGAACAUGUAA